UACCUUUGCGAUGCAAAUGCAGCGACAUUGGUGGCAUUGAUUUGAUCCUAGGUGAGCAAUCGGAGUAUUCGCAAGAGCAUUUACACUUGUAUUGCCUCCGGAUAUGGGCAAUUACUUUGUGGUUGUGGACGUGAUUGUGGAUGUUAUGCUUCACCACCAGACACACCACCACCACCACCACCUUACAGUAUUUGCAACGUUGCAUCUUCUCUAUAUCAACUAUGAAUUUGUUCAGGAACAUUUUCCAAAAGUCCAACGAUGACCGGAAGGCGUCGCUGAAGCACUCCAAAUCAAUGAUAUACUCACAACACACACACUACCAUGGGCCGACUGACGCAAACGUCGACUCAUGCACAGACUUGCUGGACAAGUCUUCCUAUUCCCCUGAACCAACUGAGCGCGUCCCUCGACGUGGUUUCAGAGCGCUUUCUUUAAACUCAAAGAGCUUCAGGCCUCAAGUGCCUGUAAAGCAGAGACUGGCAGAACGUAUUCGCACCAAGUCCAAUGCUGGUCGCUUAAACAUCCCUCCUCCAUCCGCUCCUGCUCCCCCUCUUCCCAACCACCGCUACCUUCAUCGAGUACUCUCGCGCUCCGCAUACAAAUCACUCGUAAACAUUAGUGAAGUUGCGUCCCACGUCGCCGUCCAGACUCUGGCGCCAGCCCAUCCCAAGUACGAUGAGAUUUUGCAGGAGCAGGACCUGACUGUACUCCGUAGAAUGAUCAAUGAUCAUCCCUUGUCGCCUGUUUGCAGCGAACCCUACCUAGAACAUAUGCAUCCCAUGCAUUUUGACAUGGACGAGCCGCAGCUCGGGUGUCCCAAAAAGGCACUUCAAUUCUACAUCAAUGAGGCAUUGGCCCAAGGCCGUCCCUUGGAUGUACGCGCAGGUGGCCGUUACCGCCGUAUCGUUGACGCGCAUGACCCGAUGGACAUCGUUUCGGAGACUGGAUCUGAUUGGGAUGAGCGGAGUGGAGAGUAGUGAUUUUAUGGACACCAAAGUUUGUUUUGUGAAGAGAAGUUUGGCGCUAGUUUAUCUACUCGUAUAUGAUACCUAUGGAUAUGGAUAUGAUUUAUGUAACGAAGUUUAUUUACCAUCCGAACGAGAUCAUGUUCAGUAGGACUCAUCGGAG